AUGAAUGCUCUUUAUGCCUCACCGGUUCCUACGUCGGUACCUACCUCUGAAUCGGCAAUAGAAAAAUUGACGGACGCGUGUGGGAAAGCGGAACAUAUUAGUAGAAAUUGUCGUAUCACCAUUUUUCCAAACCCUCAGCCCAAUUCCUCCCAGAAUUCAACGCAGCCAACCCAACCUGUUUACUCCUCACAAAACCCACCUCCUCCUACCUCCACUCAAGUCCCUUUUUCCGGUGGUAAUAGAACCAAUGAAGCUCCUGAAAAUCACCAACAAAAAGCCCUGCAGACCCUCCUUGCCUUGCCAGCUAGUUUAAAUUCCUCUAAUCACCAAAACGACCAACAUAUCUACGUUAGUAUUCCUCAGGAAGAUGUUCCCUUAUUUGCCGCAGAGUCUCGUGAAACCCACCAAUCCAAACGUAGACGACAAGAAGAAGAUGACCUAGAGUCAGUAGCAGAAGAAGCGUUAGAACAAUUGCUGAAAAAAGAAAAGGCAGCAGAAAAAAAUGUUACUCCCCUGUCUAAGGCCGUUCCUCCCAAACCUAAGUUAGAUUCCACUCCUGACUCCGAACACUUUAUUCCAUUACUUCACACCCCUCCUAAUAGUCCUAGUACCCAACCUUUAAACGCUCUUACCCCUGCAUCAAACACCGAAACUGAUUUAACUCCUUUUCCCUCAGAUCCCGGCUGCUCUUCAUUUGCCGUUCCAUUCUCUGUCAGAACUCUUUUUGAAGUCCAAACGGCAACCCAAAAAGAAAUUCACUUACCUUCUCCCAACCUUGCCGACCUCCCUUCUUUGGUAUACUUUGACACUGAAUCUACCGAUUCAAGUGAUGAUGACUGGUAUUUCUCCGAUAGUUAUAGUGUCCCUAAAAUAGGGAAAGGAAAAUUUGAUUCUGAUGCCAAUGAUAUUAUUGAUGAAGAAAGGAAGCAACAGAAAAUAGAAUAUAAGCAAAAUAAGCCUACUUCCGUCACUUGCGUCUACGAUAUUGCGGAAAAUGCCUACCUUCAAGAAAAAGAACUGGAAGCGCAAAUAUUACGACAGGUGGAGAAAAUUUAUGGUGAUCUGAUGGAUGCACGUGUGCAAGCUACACAAAAAUUAGCUAUGUCACACAGCGCAAAAUUGGAACCCCAAAAUUUAGGGCCUUAUUAUAUACAUGACGUUUUAUCCUAUG